CUUCACUACCCAUUCGAUCCCUAACCGCGUCCAAAUUCAAAUCGUCCCUCGUUCCCAUCCCCUCCCCCGGUUUCGCUUCGGCCCCCAACCGAUCCCUCACCGCCUCUCUCCUUCUCUUCAACCUCCUUUCUCUCUCUUUCUUUCUCUUCGAUCCACCAUGGGGGGCGCUCACAGCCGCGAGGGUUUGGAGCUCUCCGACUCCGAGACCGAGGCCGAGGAAGAAGAAGAAUACGAGGGAGAAGAAAACCCCCGGAAAGAACAACGUGACACUCCUUCAUCGGCGGAGCGGAGCCGUGGAAAAACCCUAGCGCCGACCACCCUCGACGAGGUCGACGAGAAGCUAAAGUCCCUUAAGCUCAAGUACUUCAAACCCUCGCCCUCCUCCCCCCAGAACCCUAACGCCAAGAACACCGUCAAGCUCUAUCUCCACAUCGGCGGCAAUUCACCCAACGCCCGGUGGAUCACCUCCGAGAAGCUCGUCUCCUACUCCUUCUUCAAACCCUCACGCCCCGACGCGGCCGACGAGUCCGACGGCGACGAUCAGAACCCCUCCUCUCCCUGGUUCUUGAAGAUUGGUUCCAAGGUCCGGGCCGAGGUCGGCCCGGACUUGCAGCUCAAGUCGUUCCCCGACCAACGGCGCGUCGAUUUCGUCGCUGAUGGGGUCUGGGCUCUCAAGUUCGCCACGCCGGAGGGCUACCGGGAAUUCCAGAACGAGUACCAGAAUUGCCUCUUUGAGAAUACCUAUGGUUUUGAGGCGACCGAUGAGAACAAGAUUAGGGUUUUUGGGAAGGACUUCAUGGCUUGGGCACGGCCGGAGGUGGCCGAUGACAGCAUCUGGGAGGAUGCGGAGGAUAGCUUCGAGAAGAGCCCGGGCCUGGGCUUGCCAUCCCGGGCGAGCCAGGACCUAUUGGAGGAGUUUGAGGAGGAGACCGGUGGGGGUGGGAUACAGAGCCUCGCACUUGGGGCUCUCGACAACAGCUUCCUGGUGAGCGACUCCGGAAUUCAGGUUGUCAGAAAUUUUAGCCAUGGAGUUCAUGGGAAGGGGGUCUCGGUGAAGCUUUCCAAUAAUGGCAAAAGAGCUGGUGGAUAUUCGACUCCCAAGAAAGCCCUUUUGAUGAGGGCUGAGACCAACAUGCUGUUGAUGAGCCCAGGACAGCAAGGGAAGCCCCACGCUACUGGCAUUCAUCAUCUAGAUAUUGAGACCGGGAAGGUGGUGACGGAGUGGAAAUUUGAGAAGGAUGGUACCGACAUCACCAUGAGAGACAUUACAAAUGAUAGCAAGGGAUCGCAGAUGGCCCCUUCAGAGUCGACGUUCUUGGGAUUGGAUGAUAACAGGCUCUGCCGGUGGGAUAUGAGGGACCGGAGAGGGAUGGUCCAGAAUAUAGCCAAUUCGAUGGAGUCGCCAGUGCUGCAGUGGACUCAGGGGCACCAGUUCUCCAGGGGGACGAAUUUCCAGUGUUUUGCGACGACAGGAGAUGGGUCCAUUGUGGUGGGGUCUCUUGAUGGGAAGAUAAGGUUGUACUCAAAGAGCUCAAUGAGGAUGGCAAAGACUGCUUUCCCGGGUCUUGGGUCGCCAAUCACUCAUGUGGAUGUUACUUAUGACGGGAAGUGGAUAUUGGGCACAACAGACACGUACUUGAUCCUUAUAUGCACUGUUUUCAAGGACAAAGAUGGAAAGGAGAAGACUGGUUUUGGUGGAAGAAUGGGGAACAGGAUUGCGGCUCCAAGGCUGUUGAAGCUUACUCCAUUGGAUUCGCAUUUGGCCGGCAAGAACAAUAAGUUCCAUGGGGGACAGUUCUCCUGGGUCACUGAACAUGGUAAGCAGGAAAGGCAUCUGGUUGCAAGCGUCGGCAAAUUCAGUGUCAUUUGGAACUUCCAGCAAGUGAAGAACAGCAAUCAUGAGUGCUACCAGAACCAGGAGGGAUUGAAAAGCUGCUACUGCUACAAGAUUGUCCCCAAAGAUGAAUCCAUCGUGGACAGCCGGUUCAUGCAUGAGAAAUUUGCUGUGAGCGACUCUCCAGAGGCACCAUUGGUGGUCGCGACCCCAAUGAAGGUCAGCUCCUUCAGCAUAUCAAGUAGACGCUGACUUGUGCCCCUUGGAUCCCCCUUCUACUGUCUUGUUUGGAAUGUACUGGAGAUUGUGCUUUGCUUGGAAUGCUCCGUUUUCAAUUCACUACUAUAUAUUUGGAUCGCACUCAACAGUCUUGUGAUUCAGUUGGAACCACCUCUUUGUGUGUUUAUUUAAAUUCUGAAUGUGGAAUUUAAGAAUUUGUUUGUGGAUUU